AUGUCUUCAGAUGACUUCUCAGGCCUGGAGAUGGACACAGCUACACCCACGGAAGAGGCCUAUGUUGUGUAUGAUGAAGAUUAUGAAUUUGGGACCACGCGGAGGCCACCAGCCACCAUCGUGCCUUCAACCACUGUUGCCACACCGAAGGUCAUCCAAGAGGAAGGCACUGUCAGUUCCUUCCCUGAGGAAGAAUUUGAUCUGGCUGGAAAGAAACGAUUUGUUGCUCCAUAUGUGACAUACUUAAGUAAAGACCCAUCAGCCCCAUGCUCUCUGACUGAUGCUCUGGACCAUUUUCAAGUGGACAGCCUGGAUGAAAUCAUUCCAAGUGACCUGACAAAGAAUGACCUGCCUCCUCAGCAUACCCCUCGCAACAUCACUGUGGUCGCUAUGGAAGGCUGCCACUCAUUUGUGAUUGUGGACUGGAACAAAGCCACCCCAGGAGAUGUGGUAACAGGGUACUUGGUCUACAGUGCAUCUUAUGAAGACUUCAUCAGGAAUAAGUGGUCCACUCAAGCUUCAUCAGUAACCCAUUUGCCCAUUGAGAACCUGAAGCCAAACACAAGAUAUUACUUUAAAGUCCAAGCCAAAAAUCCUCAUGGCUAUGGACCUAUCAGCUCUUCGGUCUCAUUUGUUACAGAAUCAGACAAUCCUCUGCUUGUGGUGAGGCCACCAGGUGGCGAGCCCAUCUGGAUCCCAUUUGCCUUCAAGCAUGAUUCCGGCUACACAGACUGCCACGGCCGGCAAUAUGUGAAGCGGACAUGGUAUAAAAAGUUUGUGGGAGUCGUUCUUUGCAAUUCCCUGAGGUAUAAGAUCUACCUCAGUGACAACCUGAAAGAUACCUUCUAUAGCAUUGGAGACAGCUGGGGAAGAGGUGAAGACCACUGCCAGUUUGUGGAUUCCCAUCUUGAUGGAAGAACAGGGCCUCAGUCCUAUGUAGAAGCACUCCCUGCCAUUCAAGGCUACUAUCGCCAGUAUCGCCAGGAGCCUGUCAGCUUUGGCAACAUUGGUUUCGGCACCCCCUUCUACUAUGUGGGCUGGUAUGAGUGUGGAGUCUCCAUCCCAGGAAAGUGGUGAUCACAGAACCAUCUUUCUGCACGUUCACCUGCCCAACACUGUUGACUAACUUGCACAAGGGGCCAUGAUCAGGAGAAAGAUGGUGUCCCAAGCCCUGCUGCCCCCAGGUGUCACAAAGCCACAGGAGGGACACUGGACAUUUUGAUCAUUUUCAGUGUGGGAGUAAGUCCCACUUCUCAGUCUGGACUAUAAACAGGAUUCAGUUUUGCUGAAAUUUUACU